AUGGGCUUGAGUAUUCCGAGCCACCCUGCCUCAAGACUGCCGAGACCACUGGUGACGUCCUUUAAGUGGCACCCCCCUGAAGGCCCGUGGAUUAAAGUCAAUACGGACGGGGCAUACACUGGGGCACCGGAUAGAGCGGGAGGGGAAGGAGUGGUACGCGACUGGUCCGGAAAGUUGCUCGCGGCCUUCUCAACCCCCCUUGACGCACACUCAGCCCUAGAGGCCGAAUUGAUGGCUGCUCAUCAUGGACUUGAGCUUGCGAGGGUACAUGAGCAACCCAUUUGGAUCGAGACGGACUCAGAACAAGCCGCCAAACUCCUCAAUGGCUUUACGUGGGGACCGGCACAUCUCCGCCGGGUCAUGGCGCGAAUUUUCCUCUUCAAGCGCCGGUACACCAUGCGCGCCUCCUUUAUCCCCCGGGAGGGGAAUCAAGCGGCGGACCUGCUCGCUAAGAUGGGCCUUGGCCAGCAAUGCUUCCUCAGGUUCUCCGCCCAAACAGCUCCAAGACCCCUAAAGGACAUCAUUAGAAUGGAAGAAAUGGGAAUACCCAACAUUCGAGUUCGGUCGGAAGAACACGAGUAG